AUGUCGCAGCUUACGCUUGACCGAGUCGACCAUAAAGUCCGGGAGAGUGUUAUUUCGAGUGCGUCGACUGGUCAUACCGAGGAUGUUGCAGAAUACGUUCACGACGGUGGGCUUAAAGCAUGGCUUACUGUCUUCGGGGCGUUCUUGGCCCUGUUCUGCACAUUCGGACAGCUAAACUCAUUCGGAACCUUCCAAUCAUGGUACACGGAACACCAGCUGCACAACUUACCAUCUUCAACCAUCUCUUGGAUUGGAUCUCUGCAGCUCUGGGUGUUCUUCUUUUCGGUCAGGACUCGCCACGCUCCUCACGCGUUACAUGCGCCUAACAAAUUAGUACAGGGUGGUUUUGUCGGUCGACUAUUUGACCAACAUGGCCCAAGAGUCCUCAUGAUUCCUGGGACGGUAAUCCUGGUAUUCAGCAUAAUGAUGACAAGCAUAUCAACCGCUCUUUACCAGUACAUCCUCUGUCAAGGCAUCCUCUUUGGCCUUGGCGUGGGCAUGAUAUUUUAUCCAGCUGUCGCCGCCGUAUCAACCCAUUUUCACCGCUACAGGGGAACCGCCCUCGGGAUAGCCAUAGCCGGCUCUGGGUUAGGUGGUGUCGUUUAUCCUAUCAUGCUCCGUCGUCUUUUCUUGCAGGUAGGCUUCGGAUGGGCCGUGCGCAUAUCUGGUUUCGUCUGCCUCGCAUUAUGCCUGGUUGCAUUAGCGACGGUCACCAGCCGGAUACCUGCAGGACGCCGUGUCAGACCCUGGUUUAACUCCGGAAUGUUCUAUGACGCCCGUUUCGUGCUCACGGUUGUCGCGAGUAUAUUCAUUUCAUUUGGCCUCUUUAUUCCCAAUUUCUACAUCGUUGAUUAUGCGAUUGCACAGUCCGUCUCUCCCACGACUGCGUUCUAUGUUCUGGCCAUCAUGAACGCUGGGAGCGUCCCGGGGCGGCUUGCGCCGCCAUUUCUCUCCGACGCGUUCGGCAGGUUCAACCUCAUCGUUCCCUGUGCCUUCUUGGCCGGGCUCUUGGCGCUUGUCCUAUGGACAUCCGCGCGAAGUUUGGCAACGAUUAUCCUGUUUUCGGUGCUGUUUGGCUUCUUCUCGGGCGGAUUCAACGCGUUGAUCGUAUCAUGUAUUGCACAAAUAUCCGAUGUCGAGGAGGUUGGAACGAGGGUGGGGAUGCUAUACACCAUUAUUUCAUUCCCAUCACUUGGAGGCGGCCCUGCUGCUGGCGCUUUGCUCAAGUUCAAUCACGGAUCGUACACAGGAAUGAUCAUCCUCAGCGGUGCAACUUUAAUGACUGGAUCAUUAUGCAUGCUUGGUGCACGCCUGAAAAUUGACCGCUAUUCUGAUAGGGCGGACGAUUGGCUAGCAACGAUGUCGAGGUAUCCAGAGGCAGACGAGGCCCAGUAUGGCCACUAUAACGACGGUCACGGUCCCUAUCCAACUUACUCGAAUCCCUACGAGUCUCAGUACCAUCCACAGCAGCAGUACGAGCUUCAGCCGACGCCCGUUCCGUAUGAACACGAGCACCAGCCUUUCCAGCCACUACACGCGGAUCCCAGCAUGCCAUUCGUAGGGUCACAAUCUCCUCCACAUCCUAGCAUGUACCACUCGCCCCCACCGCCUCUUAAUCCAUUCACGAAUCCCGCGCACUCAAUAUCCCCUCCUCCGCAUUUAGGGCCGCCGAUACACCCAGGAUCACCGCCCUUGCUCCAUGCGCAGUCGGCGGACUAUCUGAAUCCUGGUUAUGGCAACAUGCACAGCGUCACUCCUCCACCCGUCCACAUUCAGCAUUCUCCUAUAUCGCUAUACGAUUCGGGUCCCUCUACGGAAGCAUUCAAUGAUCCAGAUGAGGAUUUGGACGAUGCUGGAGACUAUCCGCUGCUGCGACGCAAUCACAGCCUGGAGUCGGCAAGUCUGCCCAUACCAGGUGAAUACGCGGCUGUGGGACAGGAGGAUAGGGAUGAGGAGACGAACAUCAGGUACGGUCGAAUUCCACAACGUGUUCCGCGACGACACAAGACGAUCAAAAAGGUGGAGCUGUUCCAGGGCAACUUUGUUCUGGACUCGGCCGUGCCUACGAAACUGCUGAAAAUGUGCGGCUUGCAGAACGAGCGCGAGUUCACGCAUAUGCGGUACUCUGCGGCGACCUGUGACCCGAACGAUUUCAAAGAUUCUGGCUUCACGCUGCGCCAGGUGCAAUACGAUCCGCCCCGACGGACGGAGCUGUUCAUCGUGAUGACCAUGUACAACGAGGACGAGGAACUGUUCUGCCGCACAAUGCAUGGUGUGAUGAAGAACAUCGCGCACCUGUGCAAGCGUGACCGCAGCAAGACAUGGGGGAAGGAUGGGUGGAAGAAGGUCGUGGUGUGCAUCGUGUCGGACGGGCGACAGAAGAUCAACUCGAGGACGCUGAGCGUGAUUGCGGCGAUGGGGGCGUACCAAGAAGGUGUUGCGAAGAACAUUGUGAACGGGAAACCGGUCACCGCACAUAUCUAUGAGUACACAGCUCAAAUCUCCGUCUCGCCCUCAAUGAAGCUGGAGGGCGCAGAGAAGGGGAUUGUUCCCGUGCAGAUCAUUUUCUGCCUGAAGGAGAAGAACCAGAAGAAGAUCAACUCGCAUCGGUGGUUUUUCAAUGCCUUCGGUCCGAUCCUCCAGCCUAAUGUGUGUGUGCUGCUGGAUGUGGGAACCAUGCCCGGACCUACAUCCAUCUACCACCUGUGGAAGGCGUUUGAUAUCAAUUCAAAUGUAGGCGGAGCAUGUGGUGAGAUUGUUGCUCUGAAAGGCAAAUAUGGGCAAAACUUGAUUAACCCUCUUGUUGCUGCUCAAAACUUUGAGUACAAGAUGUCCAACAUCCUUGACAAGCCUCUUGAAUCGAUCUUCGGUUUUAUAACGGUGCUGCCGGGUGCUUUUAGUGCAUACCGAUACAUUGCCUUGCAGAAUGAUCACACGGGUGAAGGUCCGUUGCAGAAGUACUUCCUUGGUGAGAAAAUGCAUGGUGCUGGAGCAGAUAUCUUCACGGCAAAUAUGUACCUGGCAGAAGAUCGAAUUCUAUGUUGGGAACUAGUCUCGAAGCGGGGCGGCGCAUGGAUCUUGCAUUACGUCAAAUCUGCCUAUGCAGUAACCGAUGUACCCGAUCAGGUCCCCGAGCUUAUCUCUCAGCGACGACGAUGGCUGAAUGGCUCGUUCUUCGCGGGAAUCCAUGGCACAGUAAAGUUUCACUACAUCUACCGGUCGUCGCACACGCUCUUGCGCAAGUUUUGGAUUCAUGUCGAAUUUAUUUAUCAAACAUACAAUUUGCUGUUCUCAUGGUUUUCUCUGGGCAAUUUCUAUAUUUUCUUCAUCAUCCUCAGCGACGCGCUGGAAGAUCCAUCAUUCCAUUUAGGCACGGCUAUCUCAGUCGUCAACACCAUCUUGAACUAUUUCUACCUCGGUCUUCUGAUCAUGUGUUUCCUACUGUCACUCGGUAACAGGCCACAGGGUGCGAAAUGGGGCUACACGUUAGCAUUUGUGGGCUUCGCAUUCAUCACAGUGUAUAUGACCGCCGCAGCAUUCUUCCUUGCCGUGAAGGGGAUCCAGAACGUUAUUCAUGCCGAUGGCCCCUUGACUGUUUCGUCCCUGUUCGGCAAUGCCAUUUUCCGGGACAUUGUGUUGUCUGUCCUGUCCACAUACGGGCUAUACAUAUUGGCAUCGCUCAUUCAUUUCGAGCCAUGGCAUAUGAUCACGUCCUUCUUGCAGUACCUGUUGAUGGCGCCAUCAUAUAUCGCGGUGCUCAACGUCUACGCAUUUGCGAACGUCCAUGAUGUCUCGUGGGGUACCAAGGGGGAUAACAAAGUUUCCACGGAUCUAGGAGUUGUCACGACUGGGAAGAACAAGAAUGAAGUCGAAGUCGCUGUACCAACCGCAGAAACGGAUAUCAAUGCUGCAUACGACGAUGCCAUCCAUGUUCUCCAGACAAAACCACCCAAGGAGGAUUCCAAGCCCGACCCCCAAACCGAACAGGAGGACUACUAUCGAGGUUUUAGGACAAAAUAUAACCUAGUGCUGUUAUCGUGGACACUGUCAAAUGGUCUACUGGCAGCGAUUAUCAUAACGCUAACGGGUAAAGCGUCUGAUAAGGGCGCGACAGCGACCGUUGACGGGUAUAUGGCCUUUAUCCUAUUUUCUGUCGCCGGUCUUGCGUUCGUCCGCUUUGUCGGUUCGACGGCUUAUCUUUUGGUCCGGUUGUUUGCUGGUGAAUGA